GUGGAUUGGCUCGGGGAAGCCACCACUCACUGGCUGUGAGUGGCCGGCCAGCAAGAGACAUCUCAGACCGAGGGCUUCCAUGGGAGAAACCCGAGUCCGAGUGUUUCCAACUCACGGAGAUCCCCGCACGCUAGCUACAUAGCUAACAUUUUUCCGACCUCGAAUCCUUCCCCGCAGCUUCCUUCGCCUACAACCUCCCCGCACAACAAUGUCCGUCUCCGCUCUUGGCCUGAGCACGCUCCGACUCCCCAGCCUCCGGCGGCUCUCCUGCCUGGUGGGUCUCAACAUGUCUGGCGCGAAGCCGGCGCUCAUCGACGCCCUCACGGCCGUGCACCCCACGCCGACCCCACCGACCCGCAUCCUGAGCAUCGACAUGGGCAUCCGCAACCUGGCCUACUGCGUUCUGGACCUAAACACGCUUCCGUUGCCGAAGCUGACUACCUGGACCCGCAUCGUCCUCCCGCUCUCAGUCGACAGCUUGGGCGCCUCAAUCAAUCUCCCCGCCUUUGCGGCAGCAACGCAUACACUGGCAACAGAGCUGCUGCGAGACCACGCCCCGUCGCAUAUCCUUAUCGAGCGGCAGCGAUGGCGCUCCCAGGGCGGGCCCGGAGUGCAGGAGUGGACGAUCCGCGUCAAUACCGUUGAGGCGAUGCUGCACACCUCGCUGUUGGAACAGCGGCUGGCCGGGAACUGGGAUGGGCACGUGGAGAGUGUGGACCCAGGGAGGGUGGCGAGACUGUGGGUGCCCCAGAAGGAGAGGACGACUGCGGCGGCUGUCAAGACGCUCAAGAAGGAGGUUGUUAAGGAGUGGUUGAGAAAGGAAGACGUGGUGAUGAUGGGGGAUAACGGGCCGGAGAUGACGGCGGAGCUGCUGCUGCUGGCGGGAACGAGGCGUCCCGAGAAGUUGAGUGGGGAGAGGGUUACAGCCGCGGAGAAGAAGGUGGAUGAUUUGGCGGAUUGUCUACUGCAGGCGGUUGCGUGGCUUAGAUGGCAGGAAGGGAGGAGACGGUUGCAGGAGGGGAAGAUGCCGUUGGAGUUGGAGGUGCUACCAACGCUGCCGACACCGGCAGUGCCAUUGGAGUUGGGAUUGGAGUUGGGAUCGGAGUUGGACCACACGAUGGACCUCCGCUGAAUCACCAUUAGGUCUGCUGUGGUUAAUAGAAGCGUGCAACAGCGGCUGUAAAAGCGUCUCCACGACAUAUUAGGUCUAAAAGCCGCAACUCAGAAUCAGCAAGACUGGAGAAGCACUAGCGAAUGAGGACACUGUAGCGCAUGGCACGGCGGGAUAUCAUGGCAAAUAGACGGCGACAUGGGCCAUAAAAUCAUAGAGUUAAGGGGUGGUGAGCAUUAUCAUAUAGG